GAGCAGAGUUAAGGUUAGACUUUGAUUAAAACAAAAUAAAAACACACGAAGCUGCUGAUUCUCAGUGGAGAAUGGACUUUGGGUGGCCCGAGGGGGUGGGGCUGGCCCUCUCCUACCCGCCACUGCCCUUUACUCCCCCCACCCAGCCCCCGGCUCCCCAGGGGACUGGGUCACUCUGGACCUUGCUACUUCCUGCUCCUGGCUGCCACUGCUCAGAGACUAUGGAGCUGUGGAAGCAGCUGAGGCAGGCUGGACUGGUGCCCCCAGGGCUGGGCCCACCCCCGCGGGCCCUGAGGGUGGUGCCCCCAGUGAAGAGGGUGGAUCAGACCCUCAUGUUCCCAGGGGCUGACACUGGAGGUGCCAGGGAGAGUCUGCUGUGGCUCUGGAAGGAGCUGGUGAACCUCCGCCUGGUGGAUGUCCAGCUGCUGGGCCAGCUAUGCAGCCUGGGCUUGGAGAUGGGGGCAAUUCAGGAGGCACUGAUCACCUUCCUGGAAGAGGAGGAGGACAGAGAGCUGGAAGGGAAGCAGGAGGGGGCCUGCGGUCCAGCCCCAGGUCACCGCCUCCCUGACUUUGAAAUGACUAUCUGAGGCCCUGCUGCUGUGCUUUUGGACCCAUGAAUGGUAUGUACCCCAGAAGUGGAAUUCCUGGAUUGUACGAAAACCUGCUUCUACCCUAGAGCCCGCGAGCCACAACUACUGAAGCCCGCGCGCCUAGAACAAGAGAAGC